AUGCUAAAAAUAUUUUUAAAUCGUUGUGUUUUAUUUUAUUUCAUCCAGCACGAUUUUAUUUAUAAAAAUCAUUUGUAUACAUUUCUUAUCAUAACCUUGUUCCAUGAUAGUGACUGUGACCGUGGGGUAGGCAAUACCUGCAACCCAAAUAAAAUAUUAAAUUUCAAUCAUAACACCUGCCUGGUGACAUUUCACGGAACAAGGUCAAGAAAAACCUUUAUAAAAGAGGCUCGCCCGAGAGACAAAAUUUAUUCGCAAUUUGCCGUCCAUGUGAAAGAACUGAACGAAAUGAAAGUAACAUUUGAUAUAAUAGUUAUUUCAAUUGCUUUAUUGUUUCAAGUUUAUGUCUGCGAGGUAGUAGAAUACUAUCCAUCCCUUUCAAAGUUAUCAAAACCUUUACUAGAAAAACAGAAGGAAAGGCAAAGCAUUAAGUAUGUUCCAAAUAAAACUGCUAACGGACAUGCAAGUGAUAAGAAACCAAAAAACAAACCGAUAAAUAAAAGAGAAGUAGAUACAGCAUUCCGUGGGCAUCCUAAAACGAGAGAAGAAUUAUGGAACGAACAUUUCCUUAAUAAAAGCAGUGCUUUUGAUCAAAAUCCAUCUCUCAUUGUAUUGCUUCACAAUUUGACACUCCGGUAUCUGAACGAUUGCACUCCAGUGAUCCUGUAUGAUUCAGAAGUAGCAUCCGAGGAAGAGCAUUUAUUCAAAGAUCUAUUUAAAGAUUUCCCUGUCACCUUCGUGCAUGGGAAAAUUGAUACUGAUGAUAAGCUAAUCAACCCUGAUCUGUUGAAGCCGGUCAGAGAGUGCGUUCAUUUCAUAGUAUUUCUUACCGAUUUAAGAACCACUAGUAAAGUCAUUGGUAUGCAGGCGAGUAGUAAAGUCGUUAUAGUUGCAAGAACGUCACAGUGGGCAGUUCAAGAGUACCUGGUUAGUUCUUUAUCUAGAAAAUUUGUAAAUUUACUGGUGAUUGGGCAAAGUUUUAAAGAUGAGGAUGACAAACUUGAAGCACCUUACAUUCUCUACACUCACGAGCUGUAUAUUGAUGGUCUUGGGGCCAGCCGGCCCGUGGUGCUCACGUCUUGGAGUCACGGCAAGUACUCCAGGGAUGUAGAGCUGUUUCCACACAAGAUGCAGCAGGGAUACGCUGGCCACAGGUUUAUAAUUGCUGCUGCUGAUCAACCCCCUUUCGUUGUUAGAAGGGUAAAAAGCGAUCUAGAUGGUGGCAAUCCAAGAGUUAUCUGGGAUGGAAUUGAAAUUCGAAUACUCAAAUUACUUGGAGAAAGGAAUAACUUUUCAAUUGAAAUAAAGGAACCACAAGAAUUGCAUUUAGGGUCAAGUGAUGCAGUUGCCAAAGAAAUAGCAAUGGGGAGAGCCGACGUGGGCAUCGCCGGGAUGUACCUGACCAACCAGCGGAUUCAAGAAAUGGACAUGACAGCCGCUCACUCCCAGGAUUGCGCCGUCUUUGUCACACUACUGUCUACUGCAUUACCGAGAUACCGGGCCAUCCUGGGUCCAUUUCACUGGCAUGUGUGGGUCGCCUUAACUUUUACAUACUUGAUUGGUAUUUUCCCUCUGGCAUUCUCUGACAAGCAUACCCUUCGCCACCUACUGAAUGACUCUGGAGAGAUCGAAAACAUGUUUUGGUAUGUUUUCGGCACUUUUACCAAUUGUUUCACGUUUGUUGGAAAGAAUUCUUGGAGUAAGACCACGAAGAUUACUACAAGAUUGCUUAUUGGCUGGUACUGGAUCUUUACAAUAAUUAUAACAAGCUGUUACACCGGGUCGAUCAUUGCGUUUGUAACUCUCCCUGUGUUUCCUGAAACUAUUGACUCCAUCGACCAACUACUGCGAGGAUUUUUCAGAAUUGGAACUUUAGAUCACGGUGGAUGGGAAAGAUGGUUUUUUAAUUCGUCAGAUCCUAAAACGAAUAAAUUAUUAUCUAGAAUGUCUUUUGUUCCAAACGUCGAAGCGGGGAUCAGGAAUACCACCAAGGCAUUUUUUUGGAACUACGCGUUUUUAGGUUCUAAAGCUGAACUUGAAUAUAUUGUGCAGGCUAAUUUUUCACUAACAAAAUCUAAACGAGCAACGCUGCAUAUUUCAAAUGAAUGUUUUGUCCCUUUUGGAGUAUCUAUUGGAUUUCCGAAUCAGUCAUUGUACACAGCUAAAUUAAGUGGGGACAUACAACGGAUGUCACAAAGUGGGUUAUUGAAUAAGAUUGUCGAUGAAGUACGUUGGGAAAUUCAACGAUCAACAACGGGGAAGCUACUAGCGGCAAGUAGUUCGGGCAGCAUCAAAAUAGUAUCAGCCGAAGAAAAAGGAUUAACUCUUGAAGAUACUCAAGGUAUGUUCCUGUUAUUGGCAGCUGGUGCGAUCAUAGCCGCUGCUGCCCUCAUAUCAGAGUGGAUGGGUGGAUGCAACCGGAAAUGUAGACCGAAAAAGAAAGUCAGUACAGACAGAAAAAUACUUUCGGCGAAUUCGAGAGAGAAUCUUAUACCGACACCUAAAUCCGAUGUUUCAAGUGAAAUCAAAUUUAUAACGGACGAUGACGAUGUUGAUAGCAGAGUUUAUUUCAAUCAAAGGCCGUAUAGUGCGGGGUCCAGAGACACUCUAGACGGACACACAAUACACGUCACCGAUGAAACCAUAAUAGUUCAUCAGAGUGUGGACACAGAUCGUUGGGAAUAUCGUAGAUCGAGUUCUAUGGAUUUAGAUAAAGAAGUCCAAGAGAUAUUUGAAAGAGAUCAAAGAAAGAGGCGAUUUCAAUCAGAGAAUAUUUUGGCCACAAACAAUAUUACCAGGCAUCAUACUGCGUCUAAAAGUGCUUUUGGCGAUCCUGUUAUAUCUUCUACUAUAUGAAGUAAUAUAGUACUUAUAAAUUAAAAUAUAUUAUGUGUAGUGCAGUCAGCUCAGUGCCUUGACAAACUAACACA